UGCCCCCACCCCCGGAUUCUCCGUCUUCCUCCCUCCCCCUUCUCGUUCUUGGAGUCGGAUACUGCCCCUCCAAACUCUCACCUCACUCACCUGUAAGCAGGUUCAAGGUCGACACACCAGUCCACCUCCUCUCGAGUCCUCGAUAGUACCAUUCUAUCUUCUGCUCUGACUAUUCGCUGCGUCUAGCGAACCCGUACGCAUUCACUUGCUGUACACACUCUCCACUCUACCAUUUUUGCUGUUGUUUGCAAUUGCAGAAAAAAAAAAUCAAAAAUCACCCAUCACUCAAGCGGCUGUAGCCUCGGGACACCCUCACGGACGAACGGACACAAGGAAGUCCAGUUGCAAUAACAGAAAACGUCACAACCACCCACACCAAUUUACCGCCAAAUAUUAUAUUGAAAGGAAACUUCCACCGGGAACUGCAACACUGAGACACUAUUCACAAUGACAUCGGAAACCGACGCUUCAGAUACCUCUGCCGCUGGCACACCACCACCACCACCACCCGCAUCACAGUCCGCCACCAUGGACAAGAUACCCCAAUCCAAGAAGCGGUCCGACUCGACAGCCUCCGCAACGGAGCCCUCCGCCAAGAAGCGCCGAGCCGCGCGCGCCUGCGUGAGUUGCCGCGCCCGUAAAGUGCGCUGCAACGUGGUCGACGAGUCGCCCUGCGCCAACUGUCGCUUUGACAAUGUUGAGUGCCAUGUCCAGGAGAGCCGACGAAGGAAGAAACACCUUUUGACGCCCCCCGUGUCGCAGCAGACCAGCAACAGCAGCAGCUCGUCUGGCCCGCCGCACUUGCGAUGCAAAUCAGCAGCACGACCGUCGACACAGCAUCCGGUCCCCAUCCACAGCGCGGCGGAGCUGAGGAGACCGAGCAGUGGCUCCGCCAUCUCGAGCGAUGUCGAUCUCUUGGCCUCGUCACAGGAGACAUCGAGCAAUUUGCUUUACCAACGCGCCGGCUACAGAAGCAUCCAGUCUGCCGCCCAGGUGGAAACACCUCAAUCCCAGACUCCACAAUGGCCGAACCCCCCGCCGACACCGCUCAACGCCAACCCGGCCACCAACCAGCCCAUCUCCAACCUCACCGCGCAGUUUCUCAACUCGUUAGAGGAGCCUGACCUCGCCUCGCAACUACCCGCCUUUAUUCGACCUCUUCCGACCAGAAUCGCCGCCGAGGAUGUGAGCUAUCUGCACAUCAAGGGCGCGCUGACCCUGCCCUCUGUCGGCCUGCAAAAUGCCCUGCUGCAAAGCUAUGUCGAGUAUGUCCAUCCGUACAUGCCAUUGAUGGAUCUCCAUGACUUCUUGGACAUUGUCAACCAAAGAGAUGGGAUCAAUGGGCAGACGAGUCUGUUUUUGUACCAUGCCGUCAUGUUCUCGGCAUCCGCCUUUGUCGACAUGAAGUACCUAAAGGAGGCUGGUUACACCACACGCAAAGCGGCGAGAAAGUCCUUCUUCCAGAAGACCAGGCUCCUCUAUGACUUUGACUACGAGAUGGACCGCCUCGUCCUGGUCCAGGCCCUGCUCCUCAUGUCCUACUGGUACGAGACUCCCGACGACCAGAAAGACACCUGGCACUGGAUGGGCGUCGCCAUCUCGCUCGCCCACACCAUCGGCCUCCAUCGCAACCCUGGCGCAACGACAAUGUCCAUCCGCAAGCAGAAGCUCUGGAAGCGCAUCUGGUGGUCCUGCUUCAUGCGCGACCGCCUCAUCGCCCUCGGCAUGCGACGUCCCACCCGCAUCAAGGACGAAGACUUUGACGUCCCCAUGCUGGAGGAAUCCGACUUUGAGAUCCAGCCACUCGCGGACAAUGUGACCGUCAUCCCCGCCAGCUGUACACUGAUGCGCGACACCUCUAUGCAACGCGAACUGGCCGCCAUGUGCAUCGCCAAGGCAGAACUCUGUGUGUGCAUCAGUCACAUGCUCAAGGCGCAGUACUCGGUCCUCAUCCGUGACAAGACGAAGCCCGACAACACCACGAACAGCACCAUGAUGCUCUUCCCCAACAAACAGCUCGACAAUGUGGAAAGCGUCCAGGUCGUCGACAUGGAGCUCAUGGCCUGGGCCGAGUCUCUGCCCCAGUCCUGCCAGUACCGCACGCUGACGCCCUUGGACAUUGAAGGGGGCAAGUCGACGCUCGCCGUGCAGAGGACGCUACUCCACAUGGUCUACUAUACAACCAUCUCCGCCCUCCACCGUCCCCAGUUCCUACCAUCGAGCCCGACGCAUGCGCCUACGACGUCUCGCCAGGCGCAGGAGAUGUCCCGCGUGCGCGUCCGCGACGCGGCGAACCACAUCACCUUUAUGGCUGCUUCGCUGCACCAGCUCCGCCUCGAAAAGUAUCUCCCCACCACCGGCGUCACCGUCGUCCUGCCCGCCAUGAUCAUCCACCUCCUCGAGAUGAAGAACGUCGACCAGGAGGCAGCACAGCGCGCUACGCGGGGCUUCAAACAGUGCAUGAAGGUCAUGGAGAAGCUGCGGGAGAUCUACGCCGCGGCCGACUACGCGACGGGCUUCCUGGACGCGGCCGUGCGAAAGGCCGCCAUUGACGUGCAGAGCCAGAACGCCGCGGCGGCCACUAAUACUACCGUACAUAUGACGACGAACAAGGCGCCCGCCGACUUCUCCGCGCAGACCCCGCCGCCGGACAACGCGCCGUACAUGACGGCCUCGGAGUCGCUCUUCAACGACCAGAGACACAUGUCCGUCUCCUCCGUCGAGCAGCUCCGCAAGGCCAUGGCGCCCCCGGCCACCGUCAACACGGCCGACCUGGACCUGACGCCGCCCUUCAACGGGCACAGUCCCCCCCACACCGAUUUCGGGGACGGCAACGGUCCGACGCCCAGCGCGAGUGAUCCCGAGGUGGAGAUGAUGGAUCUGGAUCUUGACCUUGAUUUCAUGCAGGGCCAUGACGAGUUUGAUUGGAAUGCCGUGGCAGGCACGGACUUUGAUGUCGAUCAGUGGCUGCAGUUCCCGGCGGCGGAGAGUACGGCGGCGGCUCCUGUGGCGGUGGAUGGGCCCAUGGUUAUUUGAUCUGUCUGGUUAUUUGAUUUGGUUUGUUCAUUGGGUAGGGCGUUGCGGUGUCUGGGGUCCACGUCAGGUAUGGUUUAUGGCUUUGAGCAUACGCAUAGUACAGGUUAGACAAAAUAAGGAAGCGUUGACGACGUGUGGUGUUUGCCCCUGAACGGUGAUACCUUGCUUGUCGAACGCCGCUGUUCAUGAAUGCUUCGAUGUAAAUAGGAACGUACAUCAUUUUUUGUCACUAAUAAC